UGGUUUGGACCACCAUUGUUAUUCUUUUCUUCUUCUUUUAACAACAAUAUUUGGACACGCACUACUUAUUACAACUAGGAACCUCUGCCUAGAAGGCAACAACCAACCAACCAAUUACAAAAAUCGAAAAAAUGGCUCGGUACCGCCAAAUCUUCAUUGUCUUGUCUAUAAUAUCUCCGUUGGUCACAUCUUUCACCGUGAUCACCUCCGACUCGACUGCGCCGUCGGCUCUGAUCGACGGCCCACAAACAGGAUUCACGAUGACCAACGACGGGGCUCGAACGGAGCCCGACGAGCAAGACGCCGUCUACGACAUCAUGCGUGCGACUGGCAACGACUGGGCUGCUGCGAUUCCGGACGUGUGUCGAGGCCGGUGGCACGGUAUCGAGUGUAUGCCGGACCAGGAAAACGUGUACCACGUCGUCUCUCUGUCGUUCGGAGCGCUCUCAGACGACACGGCGUUCCCGACAUGCGACCCGGAACGCUCUUACGUCUCUGAGUCCCUGACGAGGCUUAAACACCUUAAAGCCCUCUUCUUCUACCGCUGUUUAGGCCGCUCCCCACAGCGCAUACCGGCGUUUCUUGGCCGCCUCGGGUCGAGUCUUCAGACCCUCGUUCUGAGGGAGAAUGGCUUCUUCGGGCCUAUCCCUGACGAGUUGGGCAAUCUUACCAGUUUGAAAGUUCUUGAUCUGCAUUACAACAAUCUCAACGGCUCCAUUCCCUUGUCCUUUAACCGCUUCUCCCGUUUGACAUCACUUGAUUUGAGUGCCAACCGUUUGACUGGUUCGAUUCCCGGUUUUCUUCUUCCGGGCCUGAACGUUCUCGACUUGAACCAGAAUCUGUUAACCGGACCGGUUCCAUCCACGCUCGCCGCCUGUGGAUCGUUGAUCAAAAUCGAUCUUAGCCGAAACAGAGUCUCCGGUCCCAUCCCCGACUCGUUUAACCGGCUUAACCAAUUAGUGCUUCUGGAUUUGAGCUAUAACCGGCUGUCAGGUCCAUUCCCGCCUUCUCUCCAAGGCCUAAACUCUCUUCAGGCUUUAAUGCUCAAAGGCAACACAAAAUUCUCAGCAACGAUUCCGGAAAACGCGUUCAAAGGGCUCCAGAACUUGAUGAUUCUUGUGCUCUCGAAUAUGAAUCUCCAGGGCUCCAUACCAAAAUCUUUGUCUCGGUUAAACAGUCUUCGCGUGCUUCACCUGGAGGGCAACAACCUGACCGGAGAGAUUCCUUUGGAGUUUCGGGACGCCAAGCAUCUAAGCGAGCUGAGGCUCAACGAUAAUAGUCUGACAGGUCCAGUACCAUUCGAGAGAGACACAGUGUGGAGGAUGAGGAGAAAGCUGAGGCUCUAUAACAAUGCUGGUUUGUGUGUGGGCCGGGACAGUGACUUGGAUGAUGCAUUCGGUUCAACAUCUGGUUCUAGUGUCACCUUGUGUGAGGGAGAAACGCCGACACCAGGUCCUCCCGGUACUGUCCAGCAUCUAACUAGAGAAGCCGUUGAUAUGCCGGACGGAGCUACGGACGUUUCAAGCAGUUCCAUGUCUUUGGGGUUCUCCUGCCUACCUUCGUUCUUCCUUGUGUUCGUUUUUUUCAUUUUUAUGCUAAUUUCUUCUGAUUAAGGAAGAAGUUAUAAUAAUAAAACUGCUGUAAAUAUUCCCCGACUACUUUUCUUCAACUUAAAAUUGAUCUUCGCCUUCA